CUCCGGCUGGACCGAGAUGGGGCGCAGCAGAAAUUUAGCCCAAACAAACCACACCAGAGACCGGACUGAGCGGCUGGAGAUGGACACACGAUAGUUCUAGUGUUUGGCGCAGCUUCACGGUCUGUCUGGACGGCGGUUAUCAAGCUAAAGCGGCAGAAAGUAACUUAGCAGACUUGUUCUUCCCGGGAAGGAAGUUUGCUGUGGCGGAGGAAACAUAGUAGGAUAGCGGGCAGGGCCGGAACAUCCCGACAUGGAGGAGUCCGGGUCGGCCCUGGAGAAGAAUGUGGCCGACCUCACCGUCAUGGACGUGUACGACAUCGCCGCCGUCGUGGGUCAGGAGUUUGAGCGGAUCAUAGACCAGUACGGCUGCGAGGCUCUGUCCAGGCUGAUGCCCAAAGUGGUGCGAGUGUUGGAGAUCCUGGAGGUGAUGGUGAGCCGCAGCAGCAUCGGCCCGGAGACCGAGGAGCUACGGCUGGAGUUGGACAAGCUGCGGCUGGAGAGGAUCGACCGGCUGGAGAAGGAGAAGAAGCACAGAAAGGAGCUGGAACUGGUGGAGGAUGUGUGGAGGGGAGAGGCUCAGGAUCUGCUCACUCAGAUCGCUCAGCUGCAGGAGGAGAACAAAACGCUCCUCACCAACAUGUCCAUCAAAGACCCGAUGAGUGAGGAGGACCUGCAGAGGCAUGAGGGUAUGACAGAGAGAGAGAGGCAGGUGAUGAAGAAGCUUAAAGAGGUGGUGGACAAGCAGAGAGACGAGAUCCGAGCCAAGGACCGCGAGCUCACACUGAAAAACGAAGACAUAGAAGCACUCCAGCAACAGCAGUCUCGCCUUAUGAAAAUUAACCACGACCUGCGCCAUAAAAUCUCCAUGGUGGAGGCUCAGGGCAAAGCGCUCAUCGAGCAGAAGGUGGAGCUGGAGGCCAGCGCUCAGGCACGAGUGCAGGAGGUCAGCGCUCUUCAGCAAGAAGUUGCACGUUUAAGGGAACGACUACAAGGGGAGCUGCCUGCACAGAACCCUGAGGAACCCCUGCCUCAGCUACCGUCACCUGCAGAGCGUGGUAAAGCUGCAGCAGCGGUGGCGUUGAGGGCUGAGGGCUGGUCAGACAGACGGAGCCCUUCUCAGCUGAUGUUGAGUGGGUUUGAUUCGCCCCUGCUGCCCCUGUCCGGUUCCCUCACUCCAGAGGGACAUGAGGACGGGGAUGAGGAGGACAAGGCAGUGUUGCUCUGGGAGGUGAUGUGCGAUGAGGACAUGCCUGCUGUGUUCCAAUAUUUCACCAAGGAGGCGUUAUGCGAAGAGGAGUCGGGAGGUCUGGACCCAAAGGACCCCAACAGGCCCCGGUUCACCCUGCAGGAGCUGAGGGAUGUCCUCCACGAGAGGAACGAGCUCAAGGCCAAAGUCUUCCUGCUGCAGGAGGAACUGGCCUACUACAAAAGUGAUGAAGCAGAAGAUGAGAUUGUCACUCCGAGUCCGUCUCCCUCCCCUGAACUGAGGACUCGGUCUCGUUCUUCUGCUCAGCCAGAAUCAGGAAUCAAACGCCUGUUUAGUUUCUUCUCGCGUGAUAAGCAGCGGAGCUCGCAGCGAAGCGCACAGUUCGAUGGCGACCUUGGCUCGUGGGCGGGGAAGGACGAGGUGUACACAGAACAAGCCCAGGAGGCGUUACAGCACAUGUAGUCACCAGCCCAGCCCAGACUGAAAGCUCCAAACACUCCAUGUCCAUCAUUCGACCGCACACCAAAUCACCGCUAGUGACUCACACUGCAGCUGAAGUAUCAAGUGCUUGAGGUGAGAGGACUGACAGAAAAAAGUCCUUGAAGAAAAUGAUUUAAAAAGUAUAAACUCAUGAGGACAAUGUAUCUCAGUGAGAGAUGGCACAUAUACGUGGUGCAACUUUAAAAACGCUAGAAAGUAUUUUGGUUUUUACAAGAUUCAUGUGCAGAGCAGAGGGUAAACUCAAGUUGAAGGAGGGAAACGUGGGAAGUUGUUGCAUCCAGGUGGUUAAUGAUGAUGUGUUGCUGAAGUUCCAAAGUAAACAGAGUGAAAGUUACUGCACAGAUGGAGGCUUAAAAGUGUACUUUAAAUGUUCUGUUAGGUUUUUAAGGUUUGCUUCUAAAUGAAGAACGUGGGCUUUAUUUUUAUGAUCACUGCAGAAGGCAAACCUGCAAAGAAAGCAAUAAUGACAGCAACACUUUUAUGACCUGUAAAUUAAUUUAAAAUUUCUGUCCUUGUAAACUCGGGCAGCUACAAUAGUCAGUCCAUCACCAGCAUUUUGCAGAUUCAGACUGUGCAGCUCUUUGAAUCUAGUCGAGGCCUUUAGUGUGAAAUGUUGCAUAGAAUCACAAUUUAAAAGCUGUGUGCAGGAGGUUUGUUCAUAUUAUACAUACUGUGCUAUGUAGCAAAUGUAUGGAAGCCCGUUUCUGCCAAAGAACUAAUAUAUAUAAAGGGUUUGAUAAACAUUUAAGUACUCAUAAAUAAAUGAACAUGUUCAGAUAUUAAACCACAUUUGGACUUUGUUGACUCAGUAUAUCAUUUUUGUAUUACAUGCUUACUUUUACAAUUUUGACUUCACUGACUGAUAUUUAUCUUGACUUAAUACCCAAUUACAUUGACUUGAGACAACGCAAGGUUAUCUUUUCCUAAUUUGUUGUAAUUUUGCAAAAUUUUGAUCAAAUAACUCAUCAUAAUAUUAACUUAAUGCCACAUAUUCUUGACUUAGUAAGUCAUCACAGUUUUUAGUAUUACAUAAUAUUGAUAUGCUUGGUCAUCAUAAGUUUGACUUUGGAUCUUUUUUUUUAAUUUACUCAUCAUAGUCAUAGUUUUGAAUUAACAUAACAUUCACUUUUUAAGUCUUCGUUAUUAUUAGUAUUUCAUAAUAUUGACUUAGUAUCUCAUGAAUUUAACUUUGUAAGUCAACAUUAUUUAUGGUAUUUUGUAAUUUUGACUCACUUCUCAGUCUUAACUCACCAUAUUGUUGAUUUAAUAUCUGAUAUUAGCUCACCAGAGUUCGCUAUUUUAUAAAACUGACUUAUUAGAUAAGAUUGACUUAGUAUUUCAUAAUUGACUCAGUACCACAUUAAUUUGACUUAAAUUUGAUUUGUUAUGUUAUCAUAUUGUUAACUUGGCUUGACUUAUCAUAAAUUGCACUUACAAAUUCAACAAUUUCUUUUGUUUUACGUACACUACCGUUCAGAAGUUUGGGAUCACUUAGAAAUGUCCUUAUUUUUGAAAGAAAAUCUUUUUUUUUCAAUGAAGAUAACGUUAAAUGAAUCAGAAAUCCAGUCGAGACAUUGUUAAUGUGGUAAAUGACUAUUCUAGCUGGAAACAGCUGAUUUUUAAUGGAAGUACAAAGGGGUACAGAGGAACAUUUCCAGCAACCAUCACUCCUGUGUUCUAAUGCUACAUUGUGUUAGCUAAUGGUGUGAAUUGAUGAUUAGAAAACCCUUCUGCAAUUAUGUUAGUGCAUGAAUAAAAGUGUGAGUUUUCAUGGAAAACAUGAAAUUGUCUGGGUGACCCCCAAACUUUUGAACAGUAGUGUAGGUUUGACUAAGCCAGGUUCAUGGUAUUGAAUGAGUAUAACCUUUAUUUAUUGUGUCAGGAUUCUUUUUAUGGUUUCAUAAUGAUGACUCAAUCUCAUUAAUUUGACUAAAUGAAUCAUCCAGAGUUUGAUUUAUUUAAUCAGUAUGUCAUCAUUUUGAUUUAUUAUUUCAGAUUUGAAGUAGGGAAUCAUGGUCCUGGCUUUGGGUAUUAUAAUUGUGACUCACUGAGUCAUCCUCAUUUGAAUUCAGUAACUUAUAAUAUUGAUUUAACAUCUCGUCACAAGACUUAGUACCUUAUAAUUAGAGUCGCUGUAGUUUUGAAUUAGUGUUGCAUUAUUUUUGAUUUUGUGAGUCAUACUUUUGAAUGAACGUAAUUUGAACAAGUUAAGUUUUAUUGAUAAAUGACACUAAUUAGGUCACUGUUUUGACUUUGUGAGGCAUCGUUGUGGUUUGUGUUUCAUCAUUUUGACUUCGUAUCCUGUAUUUCUGAACUAGUAAUAGCGUUGCCUCUGGCUAGUUUGAACUUAGUUUCUCAUAAUUUUGCUCACUAAAUCAUUAUUGCUUCAGCAUGUCAUAAUGUUGACUUGUUAAAUCCUAAUUUUGAAUUUGCACCUUAUAAUUUUGCUAAGAAAAUACUUGGAAUAUUUAUUUUUUUAUAACCUUACAUUUUUAUGGCAGAAAUGGACUUCCAUAAUGGUUUGCUCUAACUCACAGUAAUUAAGCAAUUGCCUAUUCUAUGAAAGACCAGCAGAUAUAACGUGUGAAUUCUACUAAUAUUCGCUACCUAAAUCCAUGUAUUACCCCACAAAUACAGCCAAUUUUUAAUUGUAACAGUGCCAAAGGUGUCGCUGUGCAACAGCUACUUUAGCAUCACCAGCUGAACCAAAUAAGUUUAUAUGAUCAAACUGACCAGGCUCAUAACCUCCAGGACAAUGUGUAGCUAGGUAUCAAAAAACAACAUUGUUAGUAUUACACUUAAGCUAUGCUGCUGCUUGUGUGAGAUGUUACCUCUUAACUUAUCUUAAUCAAAAAAUACUGACCGAUGAUUCAGACAUUCACACAAAAAAUCUAAAAUGUCACCAGCCAUAUGCUUUAAAAUCAUAAGCCUUUCUAUUAAUGUGGCAUGUGUAAGAGCCUUGAAUGAGACUGUGGUUAUUAAAAGUACAUUCUAUUCACACUAGUUGCUGCUAAAAGAUCCUUCAGGUGCAUUUUCUGUAGGAUGAUAGGAAAACAUUCUGCAACAUCAAUAAUAACCCCAAAUGUCUGCAAACUUGUGACAUGCAGCGAAACACUUGCACAUUUAAGUUUUUUCAAAUGACUACUAGAACUUGUGUUUUUAAUGCAUCAUUUACUCAAGGCCUCGAAUAUAACUAUGGUUCAAAGCUAUGUUGAAGGAUAUUUUUCUAAAAUAGUGUUAAAAUAUUUCUCAGAUUGUGCAAAGAAAAUUUGUUCAAAUAGCAUUAAUAAAGCUAAAAGUGUGGUUUCCAUUUUUCUUAAAGUGCUACUUUGUGGUUGCUGCUUUUGCUUUAACAGCUGCUCUCUUCACCCCUGAGAUGCAGUGAGCAGCUGUGGUGUGACCAGGGGUGCUUUAACAGUAGUGGCAUUUUAUCUUCAUUUAUUUUCAGCCAGUGAGGUAGAAUAAAUGAAUGUAAAAUGACAAGGACGCUACAAUGAGGCUAAAGAUGAGUUCGUGUCAAAGCAGCUCCCCUGUUUUACAUAAUCACAAAUAUGGUACAUGCUCAGUUCAGGUAUGAAGACUUUAAACUGUGGAACACUUGAAGGGAAAUCAAGUCACUCCAGUUAUUCAGCUCAUUGUUAAUGUUGAUGACCAUCUCUCAUGUCCGACUCUCCUAUGAACGCCAUUAAAACAAAUAUUUAAGAGAUAUAAUAAACGGAUCAGUGCUUUAUUAAAUCCAAA